AUGGACCCGGAGAGGAGACCCCAGCACCCAGACCCGGAGAGGGAGACCCCAGCACCCGGAGAGGAGACCGCAGCAUCCGGACCUGGAGAGGGAGACCCCAGCGCCUGGACCCGGAGAGGCAGACCCCAGCGCCCGGACCCGGAGAGGGAGAUCCAGAGCCUGGACCCAGAGAGGGACCCCGGACCCGGAAAGGGAGACCCCAGCACCUGGACCCGGAGAGGGAGACCCCAGAGCCUGGACCCAGAGAGGGAGACCUCAGAUCCCGGACCCGGAGAGGGAGACCCAGAGCCUGGACCCGGAGAGGGACCCCGGACCCAGAGAGGGAGACCCCAGCACCUGGACCUGGAGAGGGAGACCCCAGAGCCUGGACCUGGAGAGGGACCCCACACCCUAGAGGGAGACCCCAGAGGACAGACCCAGAAAGGAGACCCCAGCACCUGGACCCGGAGAGGGAGACCCCGGAUCCUGGACCCGGAGAGGGAGACCCCAGCGCCCGGACCCAGAGAGGGACCCCAGACCCAGAGAGGGAGACCCCAGAGCCCGGACCCAGAGAGGAGACCCCAGUGCGGGGACCUGGAGAGGAGACCCCAGCAUGGGGACCCGGAGAGGAGACCCCAGCGCCCGGACCCGGAGAGGGAGACCCCAGCGCCCGGACCCGGAGAGGAAGACCCCAGACCCAGAGAGGGAGACCUCAGUGCCCGGGCCCAGAUAGGAGACCCCAGACCCCAGACCCCGGACCCAGAGAGGAGACCCCAGCACCCGGACCUGGAGAGGAGACCCCAGUACCCGGACCCGGAGAGGGAGACCCCAGCACCUGGACCCGGAGAGGAGACCCUAGCGCCCAGACCAGGAGACCCCAAACUCAGAGAGGAAACCCCAGCACCUGGACCUGGAGAGGGAGACCCCAGAGCUUGGACCUGA